AUGGGGAAAAGAGCCAAGAAACUUAAGGUUCUUGCAGGAGAAGGCUUCCGCAACAUUGGAGACCUGUUGCAAUCGCGGCCUAAACCCAAGAUGGCGGCGCAGCCGGACCUCGGACUUACCACCUCCAAGGAUGAGAUGCUGGAAACCUCAGAUGACAUCCCCUACCCAGGAGACCUUGACACUCCACUGCCAGAGGAAGACCUGUCAGCCCCUGUUAAUAAGGGCGCCUUUAAAGCCCUCCUCAUAAAUAUCAGGACACUCUUUAAUGCAGACCUGUCGUUCAUAUAG